CCCAGUUUAUUCUAUUCGCGACAAUAAAAAUGGCGGAAAACCCGGAAGUAGUUGUAGUGGAGCCGCAAUUUUCGAAAAUUGUAGAUGGCUUGCUCGGCGCUGAAGGGCCAGUGUUUGACAAGAACGGGAACUUUUUUAUGGUGGCUCCAGAAGUAGAGAAAGAUGGAAAAUUCGCUGGACAAGUAUUGAAAGUGGACUUGAAAACUAAACAGGUGGCUGUGUUGUGUGAGCCGGUGGUGGAGGGGGAGGGCGGCGUCCCCGCAGGGUGUCAGUGUGACAAGGAAGGGAACCUGUGGAUCGCGGAUAUGAGACAUGGCAUCAUCAAAGUCACUCAGGAUGGACAGAUGACGCAGGUGUGCCGUCAGGACAGUGAGGGACGUCCCAUGCAGGGCUGUAAUGACUGCAUAUUUGACUACCAGGGGGCACUGUGGGUGACGGCGCCUGCAGGGGAGAUAGCUCCAGCUCCUUACACAAGAUCAAUGGAGGAGGCAUUUGGGUCAGUGUACUGCAUGCUGACCAGUGGUCAAGUUGUCCGAGUGGACACAGGUAUUCGUUUUCCCAACGGCAUCGCCAUCCUGCACACAGAUGAUGGCCGCCCCAAGAAGCUGAUCGUGGCUGAGACCCCGACCAAGUUGCUGUGGAGCUAUGACAUCGUGGAGCCGGGCAAGGUCAACAACAAAACCAUCUGGGGACGACUGUCAGGUGACCACGAAGGAGGUGCAGACGGACUGGACUUCGACGCAGACAACAACCUCCUGGUAGCUCACUGGGGCAGUGGGUUUAUUGAGGUUUUCAGCUGUGAGGGAGGCCAGCCCCAGAAGAGAAUCAAAUGUCCAUUCAAGAGAACCAGCAACCUUCAUUUCAAACCCAGCUCCAAAACAGUGUAUGUCACUGAGCACGACAAUCAUGCUCUGUGGGAAUUCCAGUGGGAAAACCAGGGAAAGAUCCAAAAAUGUGAGUUGUUGUUUGACAACUAGACGGGAGGUUGUUCAGUCUGUGUUGUUGUCCAUAGGUGACCAAAGAGGGGCCGAUAGUUUGGACUUCGACGAGGAUGACAAUCUUCUUGUUGCUCACCUUAACAGUGCUUUUAUUUAAGUGUUUAGUCGAGAUAGUGGAGUGCCUUAUAUGCGUACCUAAUGUCCAUUCUAUAGACCAGCAACCUGCAUUUUAGACUAUGUUCAAUCUGGUGUAUGUUACGGAGCAGCAGGCCCAUGGGCUGUGGAUGUGUGAGUGAGUGAGAAGAGGUAAUAUACUCAAAGGCAAAAGAAACGGAUCAUAUCAAUAUAGUGACAUCUGAAAGUUUAUAAAAGUUAAGAUAAAACAUAUGUUCUUACAGAUUGCGUAAACUUCAAACUGCUGUGUACACAAAACAAUCACUUGUCAAGACAGACCAUUGUAGUUUGAUGCAUUGUGUCAAGAAUAUUUUUGUUAUAUUUUCUUACAAUCUAUAAUGGGGAAUCAUAAAAUAACUUUUGAAUUUUUUCUAAAUUUCAAUCUAAAAAGGCCAAACAUCAGUCUAUCAAUUUUCAAAGGAGAAGACAUUUGUUUUAUACACACGGUUUAAAAAAAUAAGAAUAAGAACAUGAUCUGUUACUUGGCCUUUGAGUAUAGAUUUAGUCUUGUUUAUGUCACUGCUAGUAUAUUGAAGUGUUUUGUGCACCAGUGACAAACAGUGCCAUGAUUCACUUGUGAUGAUUUUUUAACAAUUUUGAUGACAUUAUUUUUAUAUUUAUAUCCAUUACAGAAUUAGUUCAUAUCAUGUGAUGUCAUUAGUAUAGUGAUUACCGCAUUCGACGUAAUAAGCGCCUAGGGCGCUCUCAAAAUUAGAAUUAGGGGGCUAUAUUUAGAAUAUUAUUUUGGUGAAAAACAAUAGAGUUGAAAGAUCGUAAAUUUCGUGGUUUAUACUGACAG